CAACGAUUAAUUGAUUAAUUUUGGGGAAGUUUUAAUUUCCCCGGCCCCUAUUUGGCUAUAUAUAAAUAAAUUAAUGGUCGGAGGCUAUUGAAAUGCAUACCGAAUUCACACACAUGGAUUCUAAAGAGAGAGACGAGCCGAUGACACCUGCCGGCCGGCUGUUUCUCCAGCCGGAGAUGAACCAAAUUAUACACGCGGUCGCCGGCAUAAAAAACCCGCUCGACGUCGACGCCGUUAAGUCGGUGUUCAGGGACUCCCUGCUCGUCAAACACCCCAGAUUCUGCAGCCUGAUGGUCAAGGAUCCGGACGGCCGCGAGCGGUGGCGGAGAACAAAAGUCAACCUCGACGACCACUUUGUUGUCCUCCCCGACCCUCUGACCGUUGACCCGUCCGUGUCGGACGAGGACGCGCUCAACGACUACCUCGCCGACCUCUCCGUCUCCUCGCCGCUCCCGGCGGACAAGCCUCUCUGGGAAUUUCACCUCCUCCUGGCCCACAGAUGCGGCGUUCUCCGGAUUCACCACGCCCUCGGCGACGGGAUCUCGAUCAUGUCAAUGUUCCUCUCGUGCUGCCGGAAAACGAGCGAUCCCAGCCAGACGCCGACGUUCGGCGGGGGCGGACCGGGCCGUCGGGAGAGGUUGGGGAUUAUAAGGGUGGCGAUGGUGGUGUGGUACACGGUGGCGUAUGUGGUGGAAUUCAUACUGAGGAGUCUGUGGCUGAAGGAUAGGACCACCGCCGUUAGCGGCGGCGCUGGGGUGGAGCUCUGGCCGCGAAAAUUGGCUACGGCCAAGUUCACCAUUGAUGACAUGAAAGCAGUUAAGAAGGCGGUCGCAGAUGCGACCAUCAAUGAUGUUCUUUUUGGAAUCAUAGCGUGUGGGCUCUCCAAGUACCUCUCCAUUCGUUCAUCCAAAGAUUUGAAGGAUGGCCUCCAGAUCACUGGUCUUGCCAUGGUGAAUUUAAGACCACAACAUGGACUUCAGGUUUAUGAUAUUACCAAGCUGAUGAAUAGCGGUAAAUCGGGCACUGGGUGGGGUAACAAAUUUGGGUUCAUGCUCUUGCCUCUGCAUUACUUUCACAAUGCUGGCAAUGACGACCCUCUCCAGUUUGUGAAGAGAGCUAAAUCCAUGAUUGACAAGAAAAAGUUGUCCUUGGAAGCCCUUUGCGCCUACAAAAUUGGGGAUUGUGUUAUGUCCUUACUCGGCGUAAAGUUUGCAAGCUUUUUCAACUAUCGGAUCUUAUGCAACACGACGUUCACGAUCUCGAACGUGAUUGGCCCUCAAGAAGAGAUCUCCAUUGCGGGCAAUCCCAUCACCUACAUUAGAACAAGCAUAUCAAGUUUGCCUCAUUUGGGUAGAAAAGCUUACCUCGUCGCCGGAAAAAGCAAAGCAAUUAACCGGAAUUGAACUCCCUCCCCGUCGGCGGUAGAAGUCUCUGCUCUGAAUCGGUUCGUAGGAAUGAAGCGGCGGAUCCAGGUCUUUCAAGGCUUAAUUAAAUUACUUUCCAAAUCCUAAUCCUAAUUGGUCAAAUAUUUUAAAAAACUUUUCAAUUUAAGAUUCGUACCCAAUUCCUACCCGAUUCGUCUGGAUUCGUACCCAAUUUCUACCCGCCGAAUCCAAACCUGUAGAUCCGUUUCCGGUACGUCACUAGCCGUCCCCGCCGGCGAUUCCGUCCCCGCGUCGCUUCCGGAGCGGGAGGCGGCACCAAACUGCCGAACCCGUGCAACCUAGUCAAAAGGAAUAUGGAGGGGGAGUCUCAUGCUAAUAUUCCAAACAAUAAAGUGUACUAAAUUAUUCAUCAAUAAUGGAGAGUUUGUAGAUUCUCUUUCAGGCGAUGAUAUUACAUAUGGUGAGUUAUAAUGGGAAGGCAGACCUGCAGAUCUUAGUUGCCAAAGACAUCAUUCCUGACCCCAACGUUCUAGCCAGAUGUUUUGAAGAUUCUCUCAUGGCCAUGAAACAAGCUGUUGUUGCUGCUGCGGUUGAACAGUAAUAAUCCUAUAUUGCAUGUUUGCAAGGCAUAUAUAUGCAUGCAUGCAUAGGCACUACUGAAAGACAAGGUCAAAACUCGAAACAACUUAUCACCUAGCUUAGCUUAUAUAUAAAUACAUAAGUUUCUGUAAU